AUGGCACUAGUUACACUUGGAAAGGCACUACAAAAUAAGGACUGGGACACAUGGUUUGAUGCCCUUAGCCAAAUGAAGAAGUCAAUGUCAUGGAGAAUUGAAGAUUUUAUUAUUUCUGAGGAUGAUUUGCUUCCAUAUGUGUUGGGUGAGGAUAUAUUUGAAGAUAUUGACAACAUGAAAGAAGCAAGAAACAGGUUGCAUUCGGUGUUGGACACACUUAAACAAUCAAGCUUGUUAUUAAGUGUUGAUGGAAGAAACAGACAUAUUAGGAUGCACGAUAUUAUUCGAGAUGUGACCAUUUGGAUUGCACAGGAAAACCAUGGCUUUGUUGUAAAAGCUGAAAGAGAUCUGAAGGAGUGGCCCAAUAUGGAGAACCUGAGAAAUUGCAAGCGACUCUCGCUGAUGCAAAAUGAAAUCGGAAAGCUCCCCGAACAAGUGGGUUGCUCCCAACUCAUGACCUUAUCAUUACGAGAUAAUCAAUCUCUGAGGGAAAUUCCUGAUGGAUGUUUUAAAGGUAUGAUAUCACUCAAAGUUCUAGAUCUCCCAAAUACAAAUAUUGUUUCAAUACGAUCCUCACUCUCAUGCUUGACGGAGCUUCGACUGUUACGUCUUAGUCGAUAUUCAUCAUUCUCACAGGAACAUGCGUCUUUAGAUUUGUCGUUGCUUGGGAGCAUGAAGAAACUUCAAAUACUCCACGUAAGUGGCUACGACGUAAGGACUUUGCCACAAGAAAUAGGGGGAUUGACAAAUCUUAAGUCCUUGCAUUUAUCGAGAAAUAUAGAUUUUUAUUUUUCAAAUAGUGACCCUAAGUUGAUUAUUUCCCCAAAAGUCCUAUCGAGGUUAUCUCAUUUAGAAGAACUCCACCUAAAUCACUGCAACAUAAGUACUUUGCCACAAGAAGUAGGAGAAUUGAAAAAUCUUAAGUCCUUGGAUUUGUCAGGAAACCUUGGGUUGAUUAUUCCCCCAAAAGUCCUGUCGAGGUUAUCUGGCUUAGAAGAACUCAACUUACAUGAUAGCUUUGAUGGGUGGGAAGUUGAAGAAUCAGAAGAUAGUAGCAAGGCUUGUUUGGCUGAGGUGGCAUCCUUGGCUGGUUUGACAAAGCUUGAAUUAGUGGUAUCUAACAUAGAAUGCCUCAAUUCCACUAUCUCGCGUGUAGAAAACUUGACAAAGUUUUUUAUUGGAUGUCCAUACAGUGCGACGCGAGAACGACCAGAAUAUGAGUGUAUCGAAAAAGUUGCCCUUGAAGGUAAUUAUGCUUCUUGGGUGUUAUUUUGGGAAACAACAAUCCCUAAACUUUCCAAUUGGGCUGAGGUGCUGUUGAGACGGACAGAGCAGCUACUUCUCAAUGAGUGCAGUGGUCCAAAGAACAUUUAUCCAGAACUUAGUGGUGGGGAUGGUCUAAACAACUUGCGAUUUCUUGAUAUUAGAGACUGCAAGGAGGAUCUGGAGCAUAUUUUGAUGGCUGAGGAAGGAGGGGAACCUAUACUCGCAUUCAACAUGUUGGAAGAAAUAGACUUUCAAAGGAUACCGAACUUGAGGACAAUCUGGCAUGGACCUUUUCUAAAGGGGACCCUGCAGAACCUAAGGAUCCUAUUUAUCCACCGUUGUUCCAAAUUGAAGCACAUCUUUGAAAUGAGUAUGGCUCAGGGUCUCCCACUCCCACAAUUAGAAGAAAUUAGAAUUUCUGAAUGCAAUGAUUUAGAGGACAUAUUUAUGAAGAAUGAGGGAGAAGACGGGGAGGAGGGUAAGGUGGUGGUGCUUCCUCGAUUAAGGAUUCUUGAUUUGAGAUCAUUGCCAAAAUUCUCAACGUUAUGUCGUGGUGUGUCAGUCCAUGAUUUCCCCAUCUUUGAAAGAUUGUAUAUUGAAAGGUGCACCAAUUUGAGAAGGUUCCCUAUAAGUGUGAGUCCGGAGAGCACACAAAGACCAAGGAAGAUCGAAGUAGAAGAAACAUGGUUCAAUCAGUUGGAGUGGGAUGAACCAAAUGACAAGCAGCAACACCUUCGAGAAUGGGCAGAGGAUGUGUUCAAAAGACGGAAAUCAAAGGAUUGCAAUCAAGUUCAAAGUGCAUUGAAGUUGGGAUGA